AUGAACAAGCUCGGCCAACAACAAACUUUCGUUCAAGACGCAUCAAAAGAAAUAAAACGAGAAUUUCCAUUAAGUAUAAAGGAUACGUUUACAAAGCAUGAACAUAAAAACAGUACAAAAGAAGAAGAAAGGAAAAGAUCGGCACAACAGAUCAUCCACGAUCGGCUCAUCAUCCGCUUUAAUACUCGGACGGCACGAAUUGACCCGAAGUACCAGCGUCCAGUUUGGCAGCCUCAUCCGCCAGAGGUCCGAACUCCGACUCGAGCUUGUUCGCCGUCACCACCUCCUCCUGACCGAUCUCCGCCUCAACUUGCUCCACAUCAACCGGCACUUCUCGACCCAGUCAGAAGGAACGGCAACACCGGCUCUCAUAAGUGCCUCGUAAGAGUCACGAACGGCAACCGCCUGAUUCAGAGUCAAAACGCGAGGAUUCAUCCGGUCCUGAUCGGCAAGGAAGGUUUUAACCUUCUUCAAACGAGGCCAGAAGAUAUCGACCGUCUCCCUCUUCGCCUGACGAACCUCCAGAGCGACUCCGUCCUCUUGGCUUCAUCCGCCGAUCGCCUUUCAAGCUCGGCAAUCUUCGACUUCAGCCUCUCAUUCUCAGCACCACGAGAGUCGGCAUCCAAACGAGCCAAGGCAAGAUCGGCUUCACUCCGCUCAAGGCCACUCUCCUUAAGAGCAAGAAUGCCCUUGAGCUCGGCGACCUGGGACUCCGCUCGGCGUUCCUCUCCUUCACCUCAACCAAGUCUGCACGACCCUUUGCCGAUCUAG